AGACAAAUUCGCAUUUGCCUGAGUGCACGCAUAAAUCGCCGCGCCGCGCGGACGCUGCCCCUGCGUGUAGCAUCACUCGAAAACAACGCGGCUGCGAACGCACGGCGCCCAUCUCGCAAGCAGCACCCCAGGAGCAAGCGCUGCCCCACACACCCGGCACGCCGCCGCGCCGUACCAUGUCGACGGACAUCGACUACUGGAGCGACUCCUACCGGUCAUCAAUUGAUGACGCCGACCGGUUAGUGACUUCCCUGGGCGCGUGCGAGCCUGAUGAAAGACUAUCAAUAAUCGACGCAGCGGACGCGAAACUGAAGCGCGCCGGGGGCAUCAAGAAGUCCUACAAGCUCGAAUUGAGGUUGCUGAGAGAUAGGGAACUGAAAAGGAACUACGAGGAGUCUUUGCGGGAACUCGACGACCGACGAGACGAACUGAAGCGAAGGGUCGAGGAGCACAGAGAACGGACUGAGCGGAGUACUCUACUACAAGAGACACCAGCCGCAUUCGGAGAACACAAGGGCAACGACUACUACCUCGACAAAGCCCAUAGUCUACAAGAUAAGACGGAAAAUACCCUCGAGAGAACGACACAGAUGAUCGAAGCGUCCAAGGAAGUCGGCGCCUCCACACUAUCCGAGCUAGAGAGGCAGCAAGAUCAAAUAAAAGAUGUGUCCGCCGAUAUCAUGCUCAUCGAGGACAAUUUGAGCAGGGCCGAUCGGCUCAUCCGGAACUUUACGAAACGAAUGAUGACCGAUAAAUUGAUCAUGGGCUUCGCCUUCCUGAACAUGUGCGCGCUGACGGGCAUCAUCGUCUACUGCGUGGUGACGGGGAAGGUGCUGGGGGACGACAAGAAGAAAGAUAAGGAGGAGGGGCCCGACGAGAGCGAGCGGCGGCUGUUCCUGCGAGGGGGGGGUUAUGGGUACGGGUAA